GCGGGUGUGGUAGUCUGGUAGACGCCUGUGUGAGCUGCGGCGUGAUGCUGUGCCGGGAGCUGCUGUUGGUGGCGGUGGUGGUGGUGCAGGUAUGGGCUGACAUCUGCCCUGGAGGGGAAGUCAAAUGUCCUGAGAACACAACCUGCUGUCAGCUUGCUAACCUUGAGUUUGGGUGCUGCAAGUAUCCCGAAGCUCAGUGCUGCCGUGACCGUGUGCACUGUUGUCCCCACAGCUACAAGUGUGAUGAGCGUCAACAGUCUUGCCUCAAGAAUGGCUUCCCUGCUGUGUCCUUUGCACAAACAUCAGUGAAGCCUGAGUUGGUUCAGGAAGCAGACUUGUUGGAGCUUGUCUCCCCUCAGCAGACACACUUUCUGGAAACCAACCACAUUGAUGGACAUGAAAUAUUUUCAGGUGAAUUUAGCAGCAGAACCUGUCCUGAUGGCCAUGAGUGCCCCAGCUCCUUCACCUGCUGCAAGAUGUUCCGGGGCUGUUACGGCUGCUGUCCCUACAGUGAUGCCAAGUGCUGCAAGGAUGGCUUCCACUGCUGCCCCCAUGGCUCCCAGUGUGACCCAGUGACUGGUGGAUGUGAGAACAGUGGCAAUUGGCUGGGCAAAAUGGCUUCCUUAAUGAGAAGUCAGCCCCCAAGGAAGCCUGAGCCUAAGCCUGAACCUGAAACUGUACUUGAAGUUGAAUCUGAGCUUGAACCACUGGAAGUUGCAGAUCCAGGGGGCAAGUGUCCUGAUGGUCACCCAUGUCUGGAGAAGUUUACGUGCUGCAAGGUGCAAGAUGGAGGAUAUGGUUGCUGUCCUUACACUGAGGCUGUCUGCUGCACUGACCUCAUACACUGCUGCCCCAAAAAUACCAACUGCAACAAUUCUCGGGGCACUUGUGAUGCAUCCAGUAGUUUCUCAGUGCAGUCAUUCUCCUUGGCUACUAUGAAACUGUCCACCAUCUCAGCACAGCCAGCAGCCUCCCCAGCAGAAAAGGCAGAAGAGACAAGUGAUGGUCCCAAUGGUCUUUGCCCUGACCGAAGGAGCAGAUGUAACCCAGGCAAUACUUGUUGUAUGAUGCGUGAUGGCUCCUACGGCUGCUGUCCCAUGCCUCAGGCAACGUGCUGUUCUGACCAUGAGCAUUGUUGUCCGCAUGGUUAUCGCUGUGCUUCUGGAGGCAUGUGUCAGAGAGAGUCUAUUGUGGCUGCCUACCCCUUCCUUCCUGCAGUCUUAGUACCUGAGAAACCAAUGGCAGUCCCAAGUGAGCCGUCUGUCACUGUAGAGGAGGAAUACGUGCCUUGCCCUGACCGCUCCAUGUGUCCAGAUGGAAACACCUGCUGCAGCAUCUCGUCUUACCGCUAUGGCUGCUGCCCAAUGCCUCAUGCAACAUGCUGUGGAGACAUGAGGCACUGCUGUCCUCAUGGGUACUGGUGUGCUGACCAAGGGUGUGAGAGGAUGGAGGCAGGCACCCUCAACAAAACACUCAUUAUGCACCACUCAAUUGAGUCCGGUUCUCCCAAAGUGAUGUUUGCUCCUUAAUCACCUUUGGAUUCUGUGGUGUAGAAGUAUUUUUCUUGGCUCUUAUUUCCCAUGAAGGAGACACUGUCUUGCCCCAUAGUCAACAUUGGGCUGGUUUGUGAUGAUUGGAUUAUUAUUUUGUCUUUUUUUUUUUCCUGCAUGAAAGGGUACAAUCUCUAUGGGCAUUGUAUUUGUAGUUGUAAGUUUUUUUAUAUCUUUGUAAAAUGUUCUGCAGUGGUGUAAAGAGAGGCAUGUAAGAGUGCCUGGCCUUAUUUCCUACUUGCUCUGAGAACAAGUUUGUCUUCCCUUGUAGAGCUGACAGAUCUCUGGAUUUUAAUGACGGUGAGGAAAAAUUAACUAUUCUGUCAUCUAAUCAAAAAGUAAUCCGGAGGAAAAGUUUUGUUGAAGGAAUACACAUUGAAGUGGAAAAAAGGAAACACUAAUGGUAAUCUUUAAUUUUUGUGAAUUAUUACUAAGUGCAGUAUUGAAGUGUACAUGGAUAUUUGACAUUCCUGGUCUUGUUAUGGACUUAUUUUUUACAAUUUUUACUAGUGUUUACAAUAUUGCAUAUUAAUCUGCAGCAUUAUUAUUGAAACUCAGAUUGAUAAUGAAAUUGAUAAUUAAAUUACUUAAAUUUUUAUCAGAUUGUGGGAUUACUUCAAUACUGCAUAAUAUAGAGACAAUUUGGAAAUUUUUUAAAACCUCUCCAAAUACUUUUCAAUAUCAUGAGUAACAUUAUUGAGAAACUGUCUUUGAAAUCAGUAAUUGGCUUGGAACUCGCUCCCUUUAUAGUAAAAAUAUGCUGUCUUUCAACUGUGGCCUUGAAGUUCUCAGAUAUUUAGAAGCUAUAAUUCCUUUUCAAUAUACAGAAUUAUUCUUGGCAUCCCAGCAGUCAUCUUAAAUAAGAACUGUCUCCUGUCCUGUGUCACUUUUUUGUGGAGAUAGUGUGACACGUGAAUGUGAGAGAACAAGCAAGUCUUUGAGGGAGUACUCGUGUGAUAGGGUGGAUGCUGAGUGAGUGAUGAGGUGAUGGGAAUGACUGGAAGAGUGUGCAGGGAGGGUGACCAUGGGAGAAGAGCUGGUGAUGUCCAUAAGUAAAGGAGAUCUCUGUAGCUCCCAUUGUUAGUACAGGUCAUGGGUUUUGGGUCAAUCGAGUUAAGUAGGAUGAAAUAUAGAUAAAAUUUAUUAUUACUAAAUAAGAAAUCUCAAUUUCCAGGAUAAAAUUGUUUAUGAUUUUCAUGGAGCUGUGGUGAUGAAAUAAUGAUGAUAUGGAUGAUGUACAGUGUGUGCCACAUGUUUUAUGCAUAACGUAUUGUAGUGUAAAUAUUUCAGUUCAGCAUUUAUUGUGGAAGAAAUUUAUUCAACUAAUUGGAAAGAUGCUUGUAUUUACUUUUUGUGACAAUAAAAUGUAUAAAAGUAA